AUGUUACUGGGUCACUCGCUCCAUUAUUUUAUCUGUCAGCUUCAUAGAAAUGAGCCACCAUCCCGCUCUGUUUUCUAUCACUAUGACGACAUUGCAUUCACUUUUUCUGUCUACCCACUCUUCCUACUAUCUAUCUAUCUAUCUAUCUAUCUAUCUAUCUAUCUAUCUAUCUAUCUCAUUCUGUUCAUACCUCUCUAUCUCACUCUGUUUAUCUAUCACCAUCUUAUCCUAUCACACUCUUCCAUCUAUCGAUCCAUCUUCUAUUUCAGUUUCUCUCUCUCUCUCUUUCUUUACUUUAUUUCUUUCUUUCUAUCUAUCUAUCUAUCUAUCUAUCUAUCUCAGACUGUUCGUUUCUUUCUUUUUUCUUUCUUUAUCUCUCUCUCUCUCUCUCUCUCUCUCUCUCUCUCUCUAUCUAUCUAUCUAUCUAUCUAUCUACGGGAACUUACCACAGUGGGAAGCUACAUUCGUAAACCUCAUCUCUCCUUUCACUAUUUUCUUUCUUUUUCUCUCCACUUUACAGUUCUUUUUCUUAUCAUUUUUUCUAUUUUCAUUUUUCUUGCUUCUUUUUCCUCUUCUUUCUUUCUCUUUCUUUCUUUCUUCUUUUCUUUCUUUCUCUCUCUCUCUUACUUCUUUUAUAUAUUUUGCUUUCUUCCUAAUCUCGUUGUCUUUUUUCCGUUGUUUUUUUCUUUCUUUCCAACCCUAAUCCUUUCUUUCUUCUUUUCCCAAUCCCUUUUCCUUAUUUCUUUUUGUGAUCGCGUUUUCUUCUUUUUUUUUCUUCAUUUUCUUCUUUUUAUUUUUAUUUUUAUUUUAUUUUUUUGUAAUUUCUUUUUCUUCUUCUUUACUGUUUUCAAUCUUCACCAUUCAAUUUAUCUGGCUACCUAUCUGCUUUCACCUUUUUCCUUAAUUCGUAAUUUUUUCUUUCGCUUUUUUUUCCUCAUUUUCUCUCAUAUUACUGCGAAUUUCUUUCCUUCCAUUUUAUUUUUUCGAUAG